CCAAUAUCCAAAAUGUUGUCACUAAAAUUUUCACUUCUUUCUCUUUUCUUCUCAGCUUUUAUAGCUGGCAUUAAGGCCGAUGGUCCAUGCUCCGAUGCUGAUUUGGCAGCCUUGGGAUUCCACUUGGGUUCUCCCAUUGAUGACAUGAUUCCUAAGCUUAAGGUUUCUACCAAAGCUAUCAGGAAGGUUAUGAUGGGCAACUUGACAAGUGUUUCUGAGAGCAACCGUCCCGCCGUAGCCGACAAGAUCGCCAAGGAGUUGAGCAAGGGUGGCAUUUCUGGCGUCGAUGGCCAGUGUUUGUUAUGCUUUGCCGGAUCAGCUCAAUGUGUAGCUAGCAAAUGCAAGGGAGCCUGUGUGAGCAGCGAAUACAGCAAGCAGUGCCAGAGCUGCAUUAUGGAGCACUGCCACGCUUCGUUCGUCAGCUGCGUUGGUCAAGAGACUGUGAACCCUGCUCAGCACAAAGAUAUGAUGAAUGCCAAGUGAUUGAGCAUUUCAUCCAACAAUGUGGACAAAAUACCUAAAUCGCCAACGUGUUUAGCGUGCCGAACAUUUUUCAAUAUCACUUUCUAGGAAAU